CAGGGAGCAAGCAUCAAGCUCGAACCACUGAUUACAAAAAUAAUCUAAAGGUACCUCAUUUGCGAAGGGUUUGUCCUCCACCCCCUCUGUCGUUUCUGUUUAUCUCUUUUAAUCUGCUGAUAGCAGAAACAUGGCAAGUUAAACUAUGGGAGAAGCCGGCCAUCUUUCCGUCCUUCGAGUGACAGCUAACGCUUCUUCUGGAACCUUGUUGGGGAUAAGGACAUUCUCACGGCGGGGUCGGAUUUCCAUCCCCUUCUUCCGGACGGCGACGGCGGGGAUGUCGGGAUUCAACAUGCUACCGGUAUGUGCACCUCAGUCGUGCUGUCGAAGCAUUGAUUGGGGCCUUUGGAACCUUGGGGGCCUAGACGUCCCGGGACCUACCCUGCUUUUCCAGCUGUUUCCAGGUUCCCCGGGCGGCACCCCUCCCGGUUCUGUCUCCAAGCGUGUUGCCCCCGCCGCCUGCCACCAGCUUGGAGUUCCCCAAUGCCGGCCAGAUCUACAUCGUCUACCAGCAAAGGAGCAGGUGCAUGUGCAGAGACAGAGAAACAAUCGUCAGCUGGUCCCUAUACCAAAGAAGCGAAUCCCCCAAGGAGUAAGUAUGUUGAUGUAGGUAGGUUAGGCACCUAGUGUACGGUGUACAUAAACUAGGCACCUGAGUACCUACACUAGUUAUUGUCGUUGUUAAUUGCCCCUCGAACUACCCUCCAUCCCGUUCGUAGUCGUUGCCCCCCCUGUUGCGAGGGUGAGCCUG